GAUAAGGAAUCCUCCUAUCAAACAGCUCAAGAGGAUCCCAUCGAAUGCCGCACGAAUGAGGCGCAGAACCAUCAGCAUGUUCAAGAUCAAGAUGAAAUUCCUUUACAUCGUCAGUUCCUGCAAUCGCCCAGCAAUGACUAUUUAGAAUUCAUCAAGCAACUAACUGCCAAAAAAUCCCCGAUUCUAUCGCCAACAACAUGUAGGCCAAGUGAAAAACUACCAACACUAGGCAUCAUCACUUCGUCAAAUCGUAACAAUAAUCCAACAAAACCGCCAAACAGAAAUAAUACUCCCCGAGAACAAGCGCAACAUAUCGCUAGAUGUGCCCCAAGUACUGCCAGCAGAGGGGUGGAACGCGUCUAUCGUUUACCCGCUCACCAGCAACGUCCAGCAGUCACCUUCGACUCGCAUCCACAAACCAUUCCUCGUUCUCGACUAGCUCAAACUCGUAUAUCGCAAAGAUAUCAGUCUGAUGCACCCAAUCAACCACCACAAUCAAAAGAACGUGAAAGAGGCCAGAAACACAAUCAGAAAGCAAUUGAUCAGUUUAUGAAGAAUCCGUCGUAUCGUUAUCGCAGUAAUUCGAGACAACGCGCUAGAGAUAAAGCAUUACGCAGACGUUUGAGUGCCUCCAGACUGAUGAAUCGUCGUCAUCGAAGUGGAAGCGUUGAAAAAAGUCCAGAAACUAUGCCAGUUCCGCAGCGAAUCAGUCGAUCGGCAGUGCGAAAGAAGCCGGGUCGUCGAACUGAAGAACGCAUUUUGGACUGGUUUAGUAAAAUGUCAUUAGAUAAACAACAGCAAAUCAUCACUAAAUAUUCAGCAAAACGUUAA